GGGAAGUUCCCUCGUGGCCGCAUCUCUGAGGGGCAGCGAGUGGCCGCGACAUGAUUAAAAAGUUCGACAAGAAGGACGAGGAGGCCGGUAGGAACGGGUGGGGCCGGGGAGGCCGGUCCGCGACGCUUCCGGGUAGCGGCUCCAAUCCUUUCCAGCACUUGGAGAAGAGCUCUGUCCUACAAGAGGCUCGUCUUUUUAAUGAGACCCCCAUAAAUCCACGACGAUGUCUGCACAUACUUACCAAGAUCCUUUACUUAUUGAACCAGGGUGAGCACUUUGGAACCACCGAAGCCACAGAAGCCUUCUUUGCAAUGACCAGAUUAUUUCAGUCCAAUGAUCAAACCUUAAGAAGGAUGUGCUACCUUACAAUCAAAGAGAUGGCCAAUAUCUCCGAAGAUGUCAUCAUUGUCACCAGCAGUUUGACCAAAGACAUGACUGGGAAGGAAGACGUAUACCGAGGCCCAGCCAUUAGAGCCCUGUGUAGAAUCACAGAUGGCACAAUGUUGCAAGCCAUCGACAGAUACAUGAAGCAAGCCAUUGUGGAUAAAGUCCCCGGUGUGUCCAGUUCUGCCUUGGUGUCUUCCCUACACAUGAUGAAGAUCAGUUACGAUGUAGUUAAACGGUGGAUCAAUGAAGCCCAGGAGGCUGCUUCUAGCGACAACAUCAUGGUACAGUAUCAUGCCUUGGGGCUGCUUUACCACCUCAGGAAAAAUGACCGCCUUGCAGUUUCCAAGAUGCUGAACAAAUUCACCAAAUCGGGGCUGAAAUCCCAGUUUGCCUACUGCAUGCUCAUCCGAAUUGCCAGUCGCCUCCUGAAGGAGUCCGAAGUGGGGCACGAGAACCCUUUGUUUGACUUCAUCGAGAGCUGCCUGCGAAAUAAACAUGAGAUGGUCAUUUAUGAAGCAGCCUCUGCCAUCAUCCAUCUCCCAAACUGCACGGCGAGGGAGCUGGCUCCUGCUGUUUCAGUGCUACAGCUCUUCUGUAGUUCACCCAAGCCCGUCUUGAGAUAUGCAGCUGUAAGGACCCUUAACAAGGUGGCCAUGAAGCACCCAUCUGCAGUAACAGCCUGCAACCUGGACCUGGAAAACCUGAUCACCGACUCCAACCGCAGCAUUGCCACCCUGGCUAUCACCACCCUCCUGAAAACAGGGAGUGAGAGCAGCGUGGACAGGCUUAUGAAACAGAUCUCCUCCUUUGUGUCGGAAAUAUCGGAUGAGUUUAAGGUGGUGGUAGUGCAAGCCAUCAGCGCUCUCUGCCAGAAGUACCCCCGGAAACACAGCGUGAUGAUGACUUUCCUCUCCAACAUGCUCAGAGACGAUCGCUGUGUUCUGAGCAGCGCCUGCAGGCUGAGCGUUCUCGCUGCUCCUCCCCUCUCCCGCCAGGGUGGCUUUGAGUACAAGCGGGCCAUCGUGGACUGUAUCAUCAGCAUCAUUGAGGAGAACCCCGAAAGCAAGGAGUCAGGCUUGGCUCACCUGUGUGAGUUCAUCGAGGACUGUGAGCACACUGUCCUGGCCACCAAGAUCUUGCACCUGCUGGGCAAGGAAGGUCCCAGGACCCCGGCUCCAUCCAAAUACAUCCGUUUCAUCUUCAACCGGGUGGUGCUGGAGAAUGAGGCUGUGCGGGCAGCUGCCGUGAGUGCCCUGGCAAAGUUUGGGGCCCAAAACGAGAGCCUCCUUCCCAGCAUCCUGGUGCUUCUGCAGAGGUGCAUGAUGGACAGCGACGAUGAGGUCCGUGACCGAGCCACGUUCUACCUGAAUGUGCUGCAGCAGAGGCAGCUAGCCCUGAAUGCAGCCUACAUCUUCAAUGGGCUGACUGUGUCUGUGCCUGGGAUGGAGAAGGCCCUCCACCAGUACACGCUGGAGCCUUCUGACAAACCCUUUGACAUGAAAACAGUUCCUCUGGCUACCACACCAAACUUUGAACAGAAAGCAGAAAUUGCACUAGUAACCAACAAGCCAGAGAAAGUCGCUCCAUCUCGCCAGGACAUAUACCAAGAACAACUCGCUGCCAUUCCCGAAUUCAAGAACUUAGGACCAUUAUUUAAGUCAUCUGAGUCCAUGCAGCUUACAGAAGCUGAAACAGAGUAUUUUGUUCGCUGUAUUAAGCACACGUUCACCAAUCACAUAGUUUUCCAGUUUGACUGCACAAACACCCUAAAUGACCAGUUACUGGAGAAGGUCACUGUGCAGAUGGAGCCAUCGGACGCUUACGAUGUCAUUUGCUGCAUCCCAGCAGCCAGCCUCCCUUACAACCAGCCAGGAAUGUGCUACACUCUUGUGCAGCUGCCCCAGGAUGAUCCUGCUGCAGUUGCUUGUACUUUCAGUUGCACAAUGAAGUUCACAGUCCGUGACUGUGACCCGAACACGAGGGUCCCAGAAGAUGACGGCUACGAUGACGAAUACGUGCUGGAAGACCUGGAGGUGACAGUGUCCGAUCAUAUUCAAAAAGUCCUGAAGCCCAACUUUGCUGCCGCCUGGGAGGAAGUGGGAGACGACUUCGAGAAGGAGGAAACCUUUGCUCUCAGCUCAAUUAAAACCUUAGACGAAGCUGUCAAUAACAUCGUCAAGUUCCUAGGCAUGCAGCCCUGCGAGAGGUCGGACAAAGUGCCAGAGAACAAGAAUGCCCACACGCUCUAUCUUGCUGGUGUGUACAGAGGAGGCCACGAUAUCCUGGUGAGGUCCAGGCUCGCCCUCGGAGAUGGUGUGACCAUGCAGGUGACUGUCAGGAGCAAAGAGGAAACGCCUGUUGAUGUCAUCUUGGCCUCUGUUGGCUAAGUCCAUGAUAGGCUGUCAAGCACAACACUUAGUACCUGUGGCUGGGACUCCACCAGCAGGCCCUACACUGGUGCCUCAAACACCUGUCUCCUCCUGCAUGUAGUUUUUAUUCCUCAGUUUGGUAAAUAUUUUGUAUGUUACAGUAAGUGGCACUGGCUGGUUAAUGCCGGCUUCUCUCUCUCUCUCAUCCCCCCUCCUCUGGUCAUGAUACAUUCCUGCCUAACUUAUUGCCUCUCUUGUAGAGAAUGGGGAAGUUUCUCAGCCUGGUAGAGGAUAAAAACCAAUGAGUCUGACUUUUGUCAAAAGAGAUUUUUAAUAACAGAAAAUAAACAUGGAUUCUUCCAGUUCA